AUGGGUAUCGAUUUGGACCGUCACCAUGUGCGCAGCACACACCGAAAGGCGCCCAAGAGCGAGAACGUCUACCUUCAGCUCUUGGUGAAGCUGUACCGCUUCUUGGCCCGUCGUACCGAUGCCAACUUCAACAAGGUCGUCCUCCGACGCCUUUUCAUGUCCCGCACAAACCGACCUCCCGUCAGCUUGUCUCGCAUCGUCUCCAACGUGACUGAGGAACAGAAGGGAAAGACUGUUGUCGUUGUUGGAACCGUCACCGACGACAACCGCAUGUUGACCGUCCCCAAGCUCUCCGUUGCCGCCCUUCGUUUCACCGCUACCGCCCGCGCUCGUAUUGAGAAGGCCGGUGGUGAGAUCCUUACCCUCGACCAGCUCGCUCUCCGUGCCCCCACUGGAUCCAACACUCUCUUGCUCCGUGGACCUAAGAACGCUCGGGAAGCCGUCAAGCACUUCGGCAUGGGCCCUCACAGUCACAAGAAACCAUAUGUGCGAAGCAAGGGUCGCAAAUUCGAGCGUGCUCGUGGUCGCAGACGUUCUCGCGGUUUCAAGGUCUGA